AUGACCAUCCAACGCGGACGGGGCUCUGGCCGCCGCUACCGCGCAUAUGACACUGGCCUCCCGAGAGGCCACUUCGCAAAAGUACGCGAGCAGUUCGCCCGGGCAGGACCGACAAAGAGGAAGCGAUCGGAAAACUCUACAAUCGGCAUACGGACGGUGAUGAACAAACUUGAACAGUAUUGCCCCAGGGAACACAACAAAACACCCAGGGAGUGGGUCGAGACGCUCGAGGCUCCCGACGCGAAGGCAUUCUUCAGCUGGCUGAGGCAGACCCACGGGUCAUCCAUCAAACGAGACUCUGUCCCGGGUAGCUACUGGCGCCGUAUUAUGAUGUUCCACCUGGAAGUUACGCAAAGAUCGGUAGACAGGGCGAUACAGGCCGACGUUGAUGCCUUUCUCAUCGAGCUGGUCAAGGAGUGGGGGCUCCUUCCGCCGAAGCAGAAGGAGACGGCGAACAAGAAGGUGGUAUAUACAGUUCUUGUCGCCAACUGGACCCGAUGCGAGAAAGUAUACCCCGAUGAGAGGCAGCGACUGCAGGUAUCGGCGGGAAUCCUACUUGGCUGCAUCACCUCGUCCCGCCUAGUGUCCCUCUUUGACACCCGCAAGGGGGAGUCGUCGGGGCAGACGCAAACGGCGGCCACUCUCUCCACACUAUCGAGGGUGGCGAGCCCGGAACACUCGGUCGAGAUACCGCCCACGUCCUCGAGGAAAAGUGCAGCCGGCCACCGCUCAAGAGUGGAAUCAUGGCUCGACGAAUGUGCACCCCAAGCCAAGCGGCGAGUAGUCGGUCCAGGAGCAAGCCUACCGGAGAGGGCCAGGAAGACGCUACCAGCACGGGCAGCGCGUGGCACAGUGCGUGCCAGCAUCCCCAACUCGGAUAUCGACCUUGAAAUGACGGAAUCCACCUCAAUUAGUGGCUCUGGAGACUCCGUCUUCAGUGAUUCCGCCUACAGCGGCUCCAGGGGCGAAGCCUUCAGUCUUACGGCCCCGAUCGACGAAGGGCCCGGGAUUCCCGUGGAAGACGGCCGUGGGCCCGUUAACCUUGCGCCCGACGGCUCCAAUGUUGCAGGGGAGGGCUUCGAUGUGGCAGACCUUAUUUCCGACGGCAGCGUUACUGAUGACGGCUAUAACGCGGGCCCGGAGGAGACGGGGGCCAUCGUGUGGAGACACAUCUCGUUCCACAUCAUCCGCGACCCCCGGCCCUGCCGACCAAACAUACCGAUUGCGAAGAUAGCGCUCCUUCACACCAAGGGCGAUGAUGGAACCUAUCACCCAGUAAAAAUAUUUACCAUAGUCCAUAACCCCGAGCCUCUCUUCGACCUCCUCGGACAGCUCUUCUCGAUGGCUUUUAAAGAUGAAGUCUUUGAAGUGGCGUUUAGGAAGCUAGAAGACAUCUACUGGCACGAGAUCCCUAACCACAGGCCUGGCAUGCAGCUAAAGAUGAAGAGGGAGAAACUGGACCUGCCAACGUUCCGUAACCCCGAACAGACAGAAAACGGAUACUGUACCUCAUCCAAGAUGGCGUUAAAGGCUACCACGUUCAGCCGCGACCUGAAGGGGCUUGGGUUCGCCGCCGGGUUGAAAUGCUCUUUCGGUCAAUACAGGAUUCGGCGUCUCGCAAUCAACGCCCUUAACGGAAAGGUGCACGAGACCGUUCGAAACCAGGUCACGGAUCACAUACAGAACACCACGGUAAAAUAUUACCUUGAUGAAGAGAUACGUGCGGACACAGAGGCUCUGAUUAUGGAAGUCCCAUCCAACAAAGAAGUGCGCGACGUAGCUCAAUCGAUGUUGCUGGAUGUCGACGUGACCGCGCCCACCAAACUUACCGACGAGAUGAGCCAAAGAAUUGCGGAGCAUCCGACAACCAGAAGCCUAGCCGAGAAGAAUCAGAAGCUAACCGAGAAGAUCAAGAGUGAAGGCUAUCCCACCGUCGAGGCGUCUAGGGGAAAGACGCGUCUGUAUCGGGAGAAGAUGGAGAUCCAAUCGAAGCUGAACUGUUGGAAGUUUAAAGCAAGGGCCCACCUUCUCAACCACGCCAGGAAGCGCCAUUUCCGCGACGCCGACACGGAGAGGUUCAACCGGCGGAUCCGCGGUGACGGUGAGGAGAGCCUUCCUCCCCCGCCGGAGCUCCAGAUCGCAGAACGGAGACAGAUCGCCGAGCUGACGUGCAAAAUCGGCGUCGAGCUGACGGAGGAAGAGCGGUUCGCGCGGACCCGCACCAGCAUCGAGCUCUGGAUGAAGCUGCAGGGUCGGAAGGAACCCCAGCGGAGAGGCCGCCCGAGGAAGCUGCCAACAUCCCAUUCCCCCCAAGACCCGGUUCCGGCUCCAACCCAGCCGGGGCCUGCCACGACUCCCGCGACGACAAUGGAAGAUGAGCCCCUCUCCCAGAAGCUGGAGUUAAACCCUCACCAGUGCCCAUUCUGCGCGGCCGACCCGCGCCUCCCGUCAGAAGCUCGCGACAAGAUCUGGAAACGCAACAAGCUGUGGGACCAUGUAGAAAAGACCGUUCAUAGGGAGGAGCUGCAGGCGUACUCGUCAGGGACGAAGCGUUGCAGCUUCUGCUGGACGCAUAGAAUAGCCGUCUUCCCUUCGAGCGUCAUGGCGUUCAAGCUCCAUACCCUCGAAACCCACAAAGUACCACUCCGGGGGUAG